AUGAGUGAUUCUGUCCUUAAAAGGGUGAAUUUGGGGCUUGAGUUGAUACAGGAUGCUGACUUACCAUAUGAACAUCAAAUCCUCGAGGAUCCUGAUAACCUCACCAACUGGUUAAGAUACUUUUGGCAUAAAGAUUCCACAACAGAGAAACUAUUCAUUUUGCAAAGGGCCUGUGAUCAUUUGAAAAGAUCUUAUAAACUAUGGAUCAUGUAUUUGGACAUGAGAAUAGAGUUGGUGCAGGAUUUGAACCCAAUUGAACACAAGCAGGAGUUCCUUGAUGUCAAUAAUGAAUUUGAGAAAUCACUAUAUCUAUUGAACAAGAUGCCAAUGCUUUGGGUUAAAUAUUUACAAUUCUUAUUAUUACAAGAAGAUGUUACUUUCAUAAGGAGGAAAUUCACAGAAGCUUUGAGGAUGUUACCAGUGACCCAACAUCAAAAGAUUUGGCCAUUAUAUUUGGAAUUUGCAGAUAGCGUUGGUGGAUUAACAGGUUCAAAGAUUUAUUUAAAAUACUUAAUCUUCAAUCCAGAUGACAUUGAAUUAGUGUUGAAUAGACUAAUACAGUUUAAAGAUAUCAAGAAUAGCAUAACGGUUUUCGAAAAAGUAUUGAAUGAUGAAAAUUUUGUUUCAAAAGAAGGUAAAUCUCCAUUAGAGCUCUGGCUUGAGUAUGCAGAUAUAUUAAUGUCAACAAAGAAAGCUGAUCAAAACCAUGACACUAUUGUGGAGAACUUUGUUAGAAAUGGUAUUGAGAGAUUCCCUGAUCAACAAGGGAAAUUAUAUGUUAAACUAGCCACAUAUUUCAGUAAAAGAGGCGCAUAUGAAAAAGCAAGAGCCUUGUUAGAAGAAGGGCUCGAGUUAGUGCUCACGGUUAAAGAUUUCACGGUUAUUUAUGAUAGUUAUGCUGAGUUUGAAGAAAGCUCAAUAAAUAAGUUGGUGGAGCUGAUUUCUUCAAAAGAGGAAGCUGGAGAGGAUAUAGAUGAGUUAAACUUGGAACUAGAUCUUCAAUUGGCAAGGUUUGAAAAAUUAAUGGAUAAAAGACCUUUCUUAUUAAGCGAUGUUAAACUGCGUCAAAAUCCAAAUAAUGUUGAAGAAUGGUUACAUCGUAUUUCUUUAUUUAACCCAGAAAAUUUAUCAGAUAUUUUACAAACUUAUGUUAAAGCAAUCACCACAAUUGAACCAUUCAAGGCUACUGAGGGGCUUUCCACAAUUUGGAUAAAUUAUUCAAAAGUUUAUGAAGAAAAUAAUGAUUUAAGUACAGCCAGAACAAUUUUGGAUAAAGCUGUUAAAGUUCCAUUCAAUUCUCCAGAUGAAUUGGUUAAUAUUUGGUUAGAAUGGUCAGAAUUGGAAUUAAGACAAGAUGAUAUUGAAAAAGCUAUAAAAGUUUUGGAAGUUGCGACAAAAUCACCCAAGAUUUCCAAAAUUGAUUAUUGGGAUUCAUCAAUUGCUGUUCAAGGUAGAAUACAUAAAAGUAUAAAGUUAUGGUCAUUUUAUUUAGAUCUUGUUGAAAGUUCUGGUGAUAUUGAAGAGACAUGUUCUAUUUAUGAUCGAGUUUUUGAAUUGAAAAUUGCUACACCACUAACUGUCAUAAAUUAUGCAAACUUCUUGGAAGAAAAUAAUAGAUUUGAAGAAGCUUUUAAAAUUUAUGAACGCGGUGUUAACAUUUUUAAAUUCCCAGUGGUUUUCGAAAUUUGGAAUAUUUAUUUAACAAAAGCAUUGAAAAGAAAUUUAAACAUUGAAAGAUUAAGAGAUUUAUUUGAACACGCAUUAUCUGAAUGUCCUUCAGAUUUGUCAAAACCCAUUUAUUUGUUAUAUUCUAAAUUGGAAGAAGAUAAUGGAUUAAUUCAAAGAAGUUUGAAACUGUUAAAUAAGGCUGUUGAUUCAGUGAAAUUAGAUGAUAAACCAGAAGUCUUAAACGUUUUGAUUGCAAAGACUAUUGAACAUAGUGGAUUAACAAGCACAAGACCAAUUUUAACAAGAGCUAUUGAUGAAUUACCUUUGAAAUAUGCAAUUGCUUUUGUAAUAAGAUUUGCAGAUAUCGAAAUCAAAUUAAAUGAAUUUGAAAGAGCUCGUGAAUUAUUGAAAUAUGGUGCAUUGCAACAAUCACCAAUUAAAAACACCAAAUUAUGGGAAUUUUGGAGUGAUUUUGAAGUUGCUCAUGGUAAUAAAGAGACCUAUAAGGCCAUGUUGAGAAUCAAAAGACAAGCUACUGAGGAGUUCAACACUGAUAUUUUAAAUUCAAGUGAACCAGUGGGGUUUGUAAAAUCUAGUGAAGGUCCUAAAGUUUCUUCAAUUAAUGCUAGUGCACCUACAGCUCAAGCUAAUGAAAUUAAUCCAGAUGCAAUUGAUCUUGAUAUUUAA